AUGACCUAAAUGACGUCAAGUAACCAUCAUGUCGGAAAGAUGUUGUCAAGAAAUUAUGUGAAUUCACAUUGCUGCGUUAAGACAUAGGACGUAAGUAGCGGCCUGAUUUAAUUGUGACAUCCUGACUUUGAUUCAAGAUGGCAAGCGGGAAAUCCAAACUGCUCAAGGUGGUUCUCCUGGGUGACGGUGGAGUUGGGAAAAGCUCAUUGAUGAAUCGUUUUGUCAGCAAUAAAUUUGAUUCUCAGUCCUUCCACACUAUAGGCGUAGAAUUUCUAAACAAAGAUGUUGAGGUCAAUGGAGAAAAUUACACCAUGCAGAUCUGGGACACAGCAGGCCAGGAGCGGUUCAAGAGCUUGAGGACACCGUUUUACAGAGGUGCCGAUUGCUGCCUUCUCACAUACGCUGUGGAUGACCUACAGAGCUUUAAGAACCUGUCGAUGUGGAAGAAGGAGUUUUUGUACUAUGCUGAUAUUCAGGAUGGGAACUGCUUUCCCUUUGUAGUCCUUGGUAAUAAAGUGGAUGUAGAGAAGCGCAUAGUUUCAGACGAGGAAGCGAUCACUUGGUGUGGACACAAUGGCAGUAUUCCUUAUUAUGAAACCAGUGCGAAAGACGCUACAAAUGUUGACAAGGCAUUCAAGGCCGCCGUGCAACGAUUGCGCGAACUGGAAGACAAAGUUGAAGUUAAGACAUCCCACGGGAACACAGUGGAUUUACGAAAGAAAGCAAAAUCUAAUUCAGGCUGCUGUAGCUGACAUUCCUCAUGUGGUACAGAUACUUAUAUAUGUUUAGAAGUUUUAUGAGAAUGAUGUUUGUUAACUGUGAAGAUGUUGCUGUUGACCCUGCUACCAAAAUCAUAAUAAUUCUACAUAUUUUGGAGCAGGUUUUUUAAGUUCUGUACAUUGGACUGUCAGAACUGUGCUAUCGUCAUUUACGUGAGUGAUUAUCAGAUGUCUGCUGGCAACUGAAGAAAUGGUUUACGACUUCUUACUCAUCACAACUAAUGAGCCAGGAUAUCCCUCCAGUGAAUCAUUCAUUUCCUGCACAUUGCUUGUUGGUAUAUACAUAUAUAGAUAUAUACGCAGGAGAUAUAUAUUUUACAAGAUGGUGUGUGCAACCCUGCCAGAAGGGUCCAGAGUUAUUGUCAUGACUCCUGUUGUGAUACGGCUUUGAUAUUGCUAAACACUCAGGGAUUGACAAGGCUAUCAGUUCCUUUGUCUGUUGAAAAUAUAGAGUUGUUGAUAAGAAGAUUGGUGUCUAUCGCUCCACUCAAUUCAAAUUCUAUUCUCUCUAUCAUUAAGUUUAAAUGAAGCGAUGACUCGUAAAAAAUUCGUCUGACCGGUCUGGACAUGUAUGGAGCUGAUGCGUAUGGUUUUAAACUGCUUUUAGCAAUAUUUUGGCAUUAUCGCGACAAUCCUGUUUAAAGAUCAAGAUGUAUAUAAUGCAGAUAAUGUUAUUGUAUUUACUACAAUGACCAUCAAGAUUUAGUCACACCCACCUAAUAUGUCCCCAUGGAGACCAGUGAUACAGACCAUAAUGAAUGGAGGUGAAUCACAUUCAUUACAAUAUUGACCACUCAUAUAAUAGUCAACAUCAUUGUAGGCUUAACACUAGAAGUUCACUGUGUAUAUGACCUGAUUGUUUCAUAGUGCAUACAUGGAUAUUUUUGCUCAAUCAGCGGCAGAGAUUGGACAUGCUAAAAAUUAAUUUAAUUGUAUAUAUUUGAAAAUGAAAUGGAGCAAAAUCUGAAUAAAUAGUGUAACCAAUA